UGUGUACGAUGAGCAACCGCAUGCACAUGUCCAUGCAUACAUAGGUCCAAAAAGAAAAGAAAAACUUUGAGCAAAUCGAGUACCAUUUAAAUUCGAGCUAUCGACUAAGAUGACCUCGCUGCAGUGCACGCGGUGGUUCUUAGUCAUGAGCCUCGUGAUGCAGGUCUUGCUACGCGGCGGCGGUGCUGCUGCGGCCGACAAGGUCCCGGCUGUGAUCGUGUUCGGCGACUCGACGGCCGACACCGGCAACAACAACUUCAUCCAGACCCUGGCGAGGGGAAACUACCCGCCAUACGGGCAGGACUACGCCGGCAGGGUCGCCACCGGCCGGUUUUCCAAUGGCCGACUCCCCGUCGACUUCGUCUCCGAGGCGCUCGGCCUGCCGCCCGCCGUCCCGGCCUACCUCGACCCCGGCCACAGUAUCCACCGGCUGGCGUCAGGGGUUAGCUUCGCCUCGGCGGGCAGCGGGCUGGAUGAUAUAACCGCUCAAAUCCUUUCAGCAGUGACCCUGACUCAGCAGAUAGAGCACUUCAAGGAGUACAAGGCGAGGCUCAGGCGCGCCAAAGGCGACGCCACCGCGAACCACAUCAUAAGCCGGUCACUCUACAUCUUCAGCAUCGGCGCCAGCGACUUCCUGGCGAACUACCUGGUGUUCCCACUCAGGCGCUACAGGUUCACCCUGCCGGAGUACGAGGCCUACCUCGUCGGUGCGGCGGAGGUGGCGGUGCGCGCUGUGCACGCGCUCGGCGCGCGGCGGAUCAGGCUCGCCGGGCUGCCGCAACUGGGGUGCCUGCCGCUGCAGCGGACCAUCAACCUCGCCAGGCCCGGGGACUGCAACGAGUGGCACAACAUGAUGGCGCGGAGCUUCAACCACAGGCUGAGGGCGCUGGUGUGGAAGCUCAACCAGGAGCUGCCUGGGGCGCAGGUGGUGUACGUGGACCAGUAUCGUCUCUUGGCCGCCAUGAUCGCCAAGCCAUGGGAGUACGGUUUUGAGAACUCGGUGCGAGGAUGCUGCGGCACAGGGUACAUUGAGACAGGAGUGCUAUGCAGCUUGGACAAUGCAUUGUCAUGCGACAAUGCCGAUAAAUAUGUCUUCUUCGACGCAGUCCAUCCAUCGGAGAGAGCAUACAAGAUCGUAGCCAAUGGAAUUCUAAAUGCCACAUCGCACAUAGUCAAUUAACUUCAAAUUUUCUUAUCUUGGCUGAAUUCAAUGUGAUUAGUUAAACAAAUGUCCUUACUUGAACUUAAUUAGCAAAUUGUACACAAAUUCUAGUUGAAUUCAAUGUAGGAGAUAACAUCCUAGAAAAUGUGUCCUGUUGUGAUCCAUGUAAUACGAGAAAGUAAGCAUAUAUAGUUCACUACCAAUGGCUUCUUUAAUUCGACACCUUCCAGUGUUGCUAC